AUGGGCAUCGUCGCCGUCAAGAACCUGCUGGAGGAAGGAUUCGACGUGGUGGGAUUCGAGCGCAGCGGCUACACCGGUGGCUUGUGGCACUUUACCGAGGACGAGGACACGCUGAGCAUCAUUGAGUCGACUGCGGUGAACGUGUCGAUUGAUCGAGCAUCGUACACUGAUUUCCCCUUUCCUGUUGGAACCCCUACAUUCUGCACUGCGAAACAUGUGCAAGACUAUCUCGAGGCCUAUGUCCAACACUUCCAUCUCAGUCCCCAUUUCCGCCUUUCCACCAUCGUUGAGUCCAUCUCCUUGGAGCGAGACAGCGGGAGAUGGAGGCUGGAUCUUGAGGGACAGCCCAGCGAGUGGUUCGACAAGGUGGUUAUGGCUACGGGUCCUCAUAUCAAGCCCAUGAUGCCCGACAUCGAGGGCGCUGACCUGUUUAGUGGUCGACUCAUCCACUCGAAAGGGUUCAAGAAGCCAGAGGCUUUUGCUGGACAAAGAGUGGUCAUCGUCGGGCUAGGAAAUACGGGCAGCGACAUUGCAGACGCUCUUGUUGGCCACGCGUCAGACAUCUCAAUAUCGCAUCAUCACGGUGCAAUCAUCAUGCCCCGUCUUCUCGAUGGAGUGCCAGCCACAAGCCGCAUAUCCUAUCGGUUCAUCCAGCUGCAAGGCAUCAUCAACCGAUGGUUUCCCAAGCUCGCAGAGAUUGUAUACAACAGGGCCGCUCGCCAAAUCAUGAGAGAUGCUUUUGGAGAGGUCGACCCGGCUUGGGGCCUUGACCCAGCCCUCUCCGUCUUGGUCGCCAAUCCAGUAGUUUCCGAUACGCUCAUUGCAAACUUUCGGUCCAAGGCCAUAUCGUCCAUCACGGGCAUCCGAAGGUUCACAGGCGGACGGAGGAUAGAGCUGGCCUCUGGCGAGACCAUGGAGGCCGACGCAGUCAUCUGCUGCACGGGAUACAAGAACGACUUUGGCCUUCUUGAGAAGAAAUACGAUCCGUCUUCGACGCCCUCAGCUAGCUGGCUGGAAGCUCCAGGCUCGAAGAACAGGCCGUACCCCCGGCUGUAUCAAAACGUGUUUUCCAUGACUGCGCCGGAUUCUUUGGCUUUCUUGGGCUGUGCGUGGUUUGUCACGGGCGCAUUUUGCCUUGCUGAUAUAGCCAGCAUGUGCAUCGCGCAGGUCUGGUCCGGAAAAGCAUCGCUCCCGCCGCGGUCACAGAUGCAGCAGUGGGUUGACAACCAGGAGAAGAGGAUCUGCGCUCUUGCGCAGAGAGGAGCUGUGAUUCCAUCAGCGGUGCCUCCCAGUGAGUGGCUCUCAUGGGCGGAUAAAACCGCGGGCAUGGGAGUUGGUGAUCAUGUUGGCUGGGGCUGGAAGGCGUGGCUCUUUUGGUGGCGCGAGAGGACGCUUUGGAGGAUGGUCAUGGACGGCCCCUUCACCUCUGUCUUUUGGAGGUUGUUUCCCGGAAGGAGGAAGCGCUGGGACGGGGCGAGGGCGGAGAUAAUGAGGGUUAACCGGGAGGUUGAAGAGCGGAGGGCAAAGGCGAAGUUGGCAUAG